AUGGACCAUGAUGAUAAAGACUCUAAUAAUCAUGACAAAAAUGGCAGCAUGUAUCCGUCACAAACCAGGUGGGGAGAUCAGCGGCAUGUUCCAUUCUCUCGCUACUGCGCAAGCAGCGUCUUUACCACUCCUUUGAGAGUUGGCUCUCCCUUGGAGAGCAAUGUCGUUCCAUCCUCUACUGGCAGUGGCAGGGAUAGUCCCCCUAUGGAGGUCUUGCCCGAUGAAUGCAAUGAGGAAAAAAACGCGAUGACGAUGUGCAGCGAAUUGUGCGACACGAGUGUACAGCAAAAUAUAGCACGCUCGUGUUCCCCUAUUUAUUUCUCAAACAACCAAUUGAAGUCUGAAACACGCUCUGGCUACCAAAGUGAACUUUUGGUCUUUCCACUUCCGUCCGGGAAGGGCCUUCCUGUUCUUGAGGAAGUCACUGCGUUGCCGGAAGAAACGGAAACGAAGCGUGCAUUGGCUGAAGCGGGGGCUACACGAGAAGGUCUUGUGAAGAAAACGGGGGGGCACCCGCUCUUGGAGGAUCAAUUAGGCGCCUUUUCUAAUGUUCCAACUGAAGAUACAAAAGAUGCUGAAUUUAAUAAAAUUGCUACGGAGGCUUUCAAUGGAUUAAGCAGCGACAAUCGGCGGUUUGAGCUUCUUCAGUUGUUUUGGAAUAUGUACUUUCAGCCAUUUGAGCGGAAUCGCUCGUACACUGGAGACACGUGGGAUGAGUUCAAACGAAUUGGACACAGCGACACUUGCUGCGGCUUUGAAUUUGAUCGUGAGAGGUUUUCCAUGCACGUUACGGUAAUGCGACGAAAGUACCGUUUUUUCCCGUUUUCGUUUUUACUUCGUGCAAUUUUCCUUGUUUUGUUUUGGACAAUUAUGUAUUCAUACACAGCAAAGCCUUUCUUACCUGGAGGGCUUUACUUUGAUACCAUCGCCACCGUCCUUUUCUCAGGUCUCGUAGGAUGCUUUAUCGCACGGUUUCUACCUGUGCCUUCGCUUGUAUUUAUUAUUGCCGCUGGGUUUUUGUACGGUAACAUACCUCGUACUGCAUAUCUGACUUCUGGUAUUACGAUGCCGAUGCGUAACUUUAUCAACACACUUUCAGUAGCAGUGGGGGUUAUUCGCUCUGGACUCUCGAUAAACCUUAACUCAUUGCGAAAACGCUUGAUCCCCUACCUUGCCUUUGGUGUUUUGCCCUUGUUCUCUGAGGCGCUUGUUCACGGGUUUUUGUGUAAAGUGGCGUACAAUUACCCAAAUUAUAUUUGGGCUAUGAUGCAAGGAUUCCUGGUCUCCGCUGUUGCCCCAAGCGUGGCAGGGCCGUUUCUGAUUGAUCUGCAGGAAAAAGGAUGCAACAUACAGGACGGCCCAGGUAUGUUAAUGCUCACUUCCGUCUCCAUUGAAGCCCCACUGUGCGUGUUCAUUGUUCAGCUUAUCAUUUCUCUGGAGUUUAAAACCACGAGUACACUCUUUGCCAUUCUGCUUGUUCCUCUCCAACUUGUCGUUGCAGUAAUUGGGGGGGUACUUUUAGGCGGCAUGAUGUUUUUUUUCUUUUGUUAUGUCCUUUCUAUGGAAGCUGAGAAAAUUCCCUUGGGGAAUGGGUGCUACAAGCGUAUGACGCUACGGCAUGCGACACAUGUGCGCUACGUCGCCCUUCUUUUUUUCUUAUUACUUGGGAUGGCAAUUGUUUCUGUCUCCCGCAUUCUGUCGUGCACGGGUGGGGGCAUAUUUAUGCUUCUGGUGAUGACCUGUACGUUCAACAUUUUGUGUCUGCGUGGUGGCAACAGGGAGUACGGGGCUUUGAGAGGCGAACUGGUGCAGUCCUUUGCCACAGUAUGGGAUUACGCUGUGAUGCCGGCUUUGUUUGCAUUUACUGGAGCUGAUGUUGAGCUCUACGAGGUUUUUGAUCCAAAAUAUCUUGGCCCGACCAUCGGCAUCAUCUUCGCUGGCAUUAUGGCUCGCUUUGUUUUUUCAGUGCUGACACCGAUAAUAACGCGCAUGGGUUUCUCAUGGAGGGAACUGAUCCUCUGCGGUUUUGGAUAUCUGGGAAAGGGUUCGUUGCAAGGCCCAUUGAGCACCGUCGCAUUAACAUGUGCGUACGCGCAUCUUGAUGCAGCCAAGUCAUUGGAAGAAAUAGCCGAGGCGAAGGAGCAGGUGGCGUACUCACGUUUGAUAAGGAACGCGGCCGUACUUUCUACGUUGAUUGCUUCUUCAAUCUGUUCGAUCUUCCUUUGGAAUUUUGCGGAGAGGCUUCUGAAACCCAAAGUGUAA